AUGCCGGUUUCAACUAAGAUUGAAACAGCAAGGUUUGGGUUUCCCAAAAAGACAGGAUAUUCCGUAUCACACUGGUUGCAAUCCGCAAAGGAGGAUCCUCUUCUCAUUCAUCGCACAACAUCAGAACUACCUGCUACUGCCGAUGUGGUCAUCAUUGGAUCCGGGAUGUCAGGCACUCUCAUGGCAAAACAUGUCAUGGCUACCUGGCCUGAGAAGACAGUCGUCGUUCUAGAGGCCCGUCAAUUCUGCUCCGGCGCGACUGGUCGAAAUGCUGGUCAUUGUAAACCGGAUCAGUGGCGAGGCUUUCGAGGGUGGGAAGGCGCUUUUGGUACCGAGCAAGCACUCAAGAUUCUGCAAAACGAGCAGGAGACAUGGUCAAAUGUGGUACAUUAUAUCACCGAAAACAACGUGGACUGUGAACUCUGGGUGGGGGACACGCUCAAUGUUCCCAUGACCGACGAAGCCGCGAAGAUUGCACAGGAGACAUUUGAUAGUUACCACGCAGCUGGCGGCAAUGUCGACCAUAUCAAGGUCACCCACGACCCCACACUCGCAGCCGAGAAAUCCCAAAUUAAAGAUGCAAAGGCGUGCUAUGCUUGGCCAGCCUCAACGCUGAAUCCCUGGAAACUGGCAGCGCAUCUGAUGCGUGAGAAUCUCAAGAAAGGGUUAAACCUUCAAACCAACACAUUGGUAACUGGCAUUCAAAGUUCGCAAAAUUCUGUGGGGAAUUGGAUCGUCAAAAGUGACAGAGGUGACAUUGAAUGCCCCCAAGUGAUCCACGCAACGAAUGCGUAUAGCUCUGCCCUCGAACCAUCUCUACGUGGGAUUAUUAUCCCUUCUCCUCACAUCUGUACCAAGGUGACCCCACCGUCGGAGAAUAAAAGCUACGCAAAGCUCAACAACUCCUAUGGAAUCAUGAUGCCCAAAGGUGACUUGAUUACUAUCGAUCCCAGAGCAACCGAAGAAUGUCCAGUUCUCUUUGGCGGUAGUAAUCCUGGACAACACAGCUUCCAGCAGUGGCUACAUGAGCACCCAGAUCAAUACAUUGACGAUGGUAUCGUCGAGUUUGAACCAAUCACUGGUGCCGUUCGGGAAUUUGCCGAGCGCCAAUUGGAAGGAUGGUCAAUUGACGAUAAUAACAAUGACAGCGCCUGCAUGUCCUCCUGGAGUGGCAUUAUUGGAUAUGCAAGUGUUGAAUUUGAUAAUUUUCAUGAAAACGUGCUAAUAAUCGGCCAGACAUUGGACAAAGUGCCCUUCGUUGGAGAAAUACCAGGACUGGGUGGUCAGUGGAUUUGUGCUGGUCACAAUGGGCAUGGGAUGGCGCGCAUCUUUACAGCGGCCCCAGCUUUGGUGAAAUUGAUGAAGGGCUGUUCUUGGGCAGAGACAAAGCUCCCAGAAGUAUUCCAAAUCACCCAGUCACGUCUUGACCGACUGAAGACGCCCUUGAAAAACAAACGGGAUGUCAUUACUCGGUUGUAA